AUGGCAGCUUCAAUUGAACCUUCCCGACUGCUCGCGUCCCUGUCCAAAGCCGCCCUUCUACCCUCUACAGUCAUCCCUGAGACCUUCAAGCCCUCGGUCGAGCUCUCAGUCUCUUUCAACCAGAAAUCAGUCGUAGCGGGGAACCUCUUCAGAGUGAGCGAGGUCAAGGAGGCACCGACUGUCGCAUUCAGUCCAGAGUCGAAUGUCCCUUCCGAUGCAACAUACACCCUGCUCAUGAUCGACCCUGACGCACCGACUCCCGAUGAUCCCAAGUUUGCUUACUGGCGCCAUUGGGUCGUUACACGCAUCCCGUCUGGUGCCACAGUAACAGCAGGCGAGGCACUGACGCAGUAUCUGGCCCCGGGGCCCAAGGAUGAUUCCAGGCCUCACAGGUAUCUGUUCCUUCUUUAUCGUGAGCCGGAGGGAAAGCAAAAGUUGAGCAAGGAGGAUGUUGGCGGAGAGGAGUUCGUGGAGCGACGGAGCUUCGACGCGCGAGAAUGGGUUGGGAAGUGGGGGUUGCAUCUGGUCGGUGUGAAUUGGAUGUUGGGGGCGGGCGAUGGGUGGAAUGGAGGAAAGGAUGAGCUGUGA